AACAGCAGGGAGGAAGAUGGAUGUCGAUAGUGCAAAAAGAAAGAAGAUUUGCCCGGUCUAGGAUUCGAACCAACGUCUGUAGGGUAGUGCUUGGUAGCGACCGAGUAACACAAUUCGGAACACAGCAGCCGUUCCCUCACACCACCCCACCACCGGGUGAGAAAGUGGUGGUCUUGUGCAAAACUAUACUAUCAUUCCAGCCAUGAGCUACCUUUGAGCUGAGGUCCCUUUCCUUCCCAUCCAUUGUGUAAUGAUCUCCUUGACAUGCAUGCUUUGGCACAAUUGCGCUUUACCGGGACAUCCCCAGCAGCCUCGAUCCUUGGCUGUUGUGCCUUCCAUUCCAUGAGUGAAGCGCCUUGUUUUAGCAGGGAAGAGCGACCCUGCAUAGUCAUUUGCACGUGUGAAUUCAUCAACGCGCGAUCUUCUCCUCCACAACCACUGUUUCUACCUGCACUCCUCCACGAUUCACAUCAACCACCAGAUUCGACAUUUCUCGUUACUACUGUCGAGGACUGCAGUGCACGUCACUCAUCAGCUCGACAAAUUACUCGACACUUCGGCCACUGCUCGUUUCGCCUUCAUCGCUGCCUGUAUCCCUUUCGUCGCGUUCAUCGGUUUCUGCUGCUUGCUUGUCUUUUGGUAGACAUCCAUCGCCUUGAUUUUCUCUGGAGAGUCUGUUGUCUUCUUCUAUGGAGCUCGGUUGAGAUCUGGCUACAGACACCUACGACUUCGCGCAAGACUGGUUCCAAGGACUCAGUUUUCUCCCCCUUUAGCUCUCUCAAUGAGUUAUAUUGCUGAAUACGUGUUCGACUAUGGACAGCUCGAGUCAAGCUUUGUGUGCGCUUUGAAACAUUGGAAGCCACAAACCGUGUCUUUCCUGGAGUUGCCUCCCGAGAUACGCAACA